AUGACGCGCUUCCGCCCAUGCAUCGACCUGCACUCCGGUCAAGUCAAGCAGAUCGUUGGCGGCACGCUGUCCACGGUAGAGGCAGAUCUGAAGACAAAUUUCGUCUCCGAGCAUGCCGCCGCUCACUACGCCAACCUGUACCGCAAGGCCAAUCUUGAAGGCGCACAUGUGAUUCUGCUUGGACCGCGCAAUGAGAAAGCUGCCCGGGAAGCGUUGGCCGCGUGGCCGGGGAAGCUGCAGGUGGGUGGUGGGAUCAAUGAGAAGAAUGCAAAGGAAUGGAUCGAGGCGGGAGCGGAACGGGUCAUCAUAACAUCAUAUCUCUUUCCCGAAGGCAAAUUCUCUAUGGAGCGACUAGAAGCCGUGCUCACUGCCCUCGGUGGCGAUAAGGCCAAGCUGGUCAUCGACCUCAGCUGUCGAAGGAGCGGCAGUACUUGGUUCGUAGCUAUGAACAAAUGGCAGACCAUCACGGAGAUGGAGAUCACUCAAGAAACAAUCAAACUCCUCGAGCCAUUCUGCUCCGAAUUCUUGAUCCACGCAGCCGACAAUGAGGGGCUGCAACAAGGGAUCGACGUCGACCUGGUCCAACGACUUUCGGAAUGGUGCUCGAUUCCUGUGACUUACGCUGGCGGCGCUCGGACCGUAGAGGAUCUCGACCUGGUGAAGGAUCUCAGCAAAGGCCGCGUCGACUUGACGAUCGGUAGUGCUCUGGACGUCUUUGGCGGAUCUGGAGCCAAGUUCGAGGAUUGCGUUGCGUGGAACCGGAAGAACUCUUAG